AUAGCUGCUUGUUCCCAGAGACCCUCAGAGCUCCAGGACGCCCAGUCUCUCUGCUAUCUGCAGCCCAGACACAGCAGCCCCGACACGGACACGGACCCUCGCCCUACGCCCCCCCCUCCUGGAGCUCCAGCGCCUGUUUGGAUUACUAAUGGAUGGGAAGAACACUGUCCAGUUUUAAAGUGGGAAACCUGGGGGUAUUGACAGAUUAAAACCACAAGCCUGAGAAGAGAAGAGAAGAGAAGACACCUUCAUCUUUUCUGGACUACAAACCAAUACAAAAUCUAUUGGACGAUCUAGCAAACAUCUGCAUUUCUUCAUCAUCUAGAAACUUUCUGAAACGUUGGUAGACAUCUAGCAACCAGCUGCAAGCUUUGGUGCAUUUUAACCUUUUUUCUUCCCUGGAAUUGUCGUCUUUACUCAACAAACUUCUGUCUUGAAGUCAUUUUCCAGAAUCUCUGAACUAGAAUUGCUUCUCUCUGAAAGGUACCGUAGACUUUGCUAAGCAUCAAGUUGGUCAUUUGGUUCCUGAAUAUUGGCACUUUUUGGGAACUUUCUUGGCAUUUUAAUUGAAGCUCAGCACCUAGGUCUGAAAUUUAAUAAGAAGAAUCUUAAGAGGAAUCAUCCACAUUAAAUAUUUGGAUCAUGGCCCCUACUCUUGCUUUGUGGUUGGGCCUUUUUCUGCCGCUUCUGUUGACGGACGCAAAGACCGUUCAGCAACCUGACAGUCAGAGCGACACCCUCAACAAACCUUCAUCCCUCGUCAAACUGGAACCACUCUGGACCUCCAUGCAGCUCAAGACUGGCGAGGCCCCCAACAAGAGCCUCCCACUCCCAGAAAUGCUGGAUCUAGAUGUGGACCAACCCCGGCGCCUGGCCCGCGGCGCAGAGGAAGAAGAACAACAGUCCACCUUCAGCCAGUCCUUUGAGAACGACUCCGUUACGACACCGCAAGACACAGCGUUUGACAAUGGGACUAAAGUAGCAGCAGGAGACCACAACGAUCACGAGGUCCACGGAAACACCUCCAGCUUGGACCCCCCAGGACUCUUCAACCCGUUCUACCCGCUGGCGGAAGGCUCGUACGCGGCCUACGCGGUCCUGUUCCUGGCUGGCCUGGUUCUGGCGCUGGGCGUGGUGGGAAACAUGGCCGUCAUGUGCAUCGUCUGGAACAACUACUAUAUGAGGUCGGCUUGGAACUACCUGCUGGCCAGCAUGGCGUUCUGGGACUUCCUGGUCCUGGUGCUAUGCCUUCCUGUGGUGGUCCUCAACCAGCUGUCCAAUAGGAGGAUCCUUGGUGACAUCACCUGCCGCAUGGUGCCCUAUAUGGAGACCGUGUCUCUGGGCCUCACCUCCUUCACUCUGUGCGCUCUGGGCAUCGCUCGUUUCCACGCCGCCACCUCCUCCUCGCAGACCAAGGCCCGGCUGGUGGAGCGCUGCCACUCCGUGCUGCUGCAGCUGGUUCUGGUGUGGCUCACUGCUCUGCUGCUCUCCAGCCCAGAGAUCUUCCUCUGGCAGCUCACCCAGUCCGUGUCACCGACAUCAGGCCUGCUGGUGGACUCCUGCUCCAUCACACCUUCCUCCCCCCUGUCCCUCUACCUGCCUGACUCCCUGCACUCUCUGUUGCUCAAGUAUCACCAGGGGCGUAUGUGGUGGUGCUUCGGCUGCUACUUCUGCCUGCCCAUCCUCUUCACCGUCCUCUGCCAAAUGGCCACCCGCAACGUCAACAGCGACUCCAGCUCCACCCAAAAGCAGCGCAGCCAUGACGACCGCUCGAGCAAUCAGAAGCACCAGCAGCACCAGGCGUUGGAGCGGCAGCUGAACUGCACCCUGCUGGCGUUGGCGGUGGUUUACGGCGUCUGUGCUCUGCCCGAACACGUGUGUAACAUCACGCUGGCCUACGCUAACAUCUCCAUCUCCGAGGAAACUGCCUCCAUGCUGGCUCUGUUGCAUCACUUCCUGUUGUUCUUUAAGUCAUCAGUGACACCGGUCCUGCUGCUGUGUCUGUGCAAGGCUCUCGGUCAGGCCUUCAUGGACUGCUGCUGCUGCUGCUGUCAGGAAUGUCAGCCGAACGCCACUCAAGGCUCACCAAAUAUCAAACUGAAGGCGGCCAAUGAGACGUCCAUCUUCUUCGACAAGGCUAAAGAAACCUCAGCCAUCUUGUCGAUCUCCAGCUAGAGCUAUAGCAUCCAACAUCUCCUCUUCCAUAAAACAACCUAUCUUCUUUUGUAUCCUCAAACUCUGUUUCCCUUCUACCCUAAAGUUCCUUAACGCUUCAGUUUCCUUUAUCCUUUCUUCUCCACAACGCUUGUUGACCAACGACCAUCUUUUCUUCAUCUUCAUCUGUCCUCUUUCCUUCUCUCAGAGUUUCCAUUUGUAUGAUAUUCCUUUAUGGACACAGUGUUACCCCUUUCAGCUUCCUGUCUGUGCAGGAAGUGAUGCUUAAUCCGUAGUGAUUAUUAGAAAACUUGCUGUUCUUGCACAACCACCUGUUGUAAAACUAGGAGCCCGUUUCAGGACCCUCCGAAAGGACACUUUCCUCCAACUGGUGUAAAAAUGUAUGAUAAGAAAAUUCCUGGAUGUCUUCUUUGGUUGGUCUGAAGCUGAAUGAGAUAUUUCUAUAAGGAAGAUCUACUGUGCAAAGCUAAAUGAGUAGUUUCAAACUGUGAUGGAAGAUUGAUGAGGAGUAAAAAUAAUCUGCUUUGAGGUUGUUUAGUGCCACACAAACAUAUGUUGGUAUAGUGCAGAAUCAAGUGAGUAACUUCUUAGUUUUGGCUCUGACUAUUAACCUCAUUUGCUGAAAAGAGUGUACAGUUGACGCAUUGUUCUGUAUAUUGAAAUGGUGACAACCUGUGGGGCCAUUGAUCAUUAGUCCAUCUGUCAAACUAUCAAGAAAAAAGAGGUAGACGUCUAUGAAGAGCUAUUAAAUAUAACUGUAUGACAACUAUGUCCACUGGCUAGCGUGAAUCUGGAAGAAAACACCUCAUCGGGUAAAGGGGACGAAAAACGCCAACAAACGUCUAAUUUGAGAGAUUAUGAAACCAUCAGUAAGUGAGGUUGUCCAUAUCUGUUUGACAUAUUUUGUUGUGAGCUACUUGUGUAAGAUGUCAACCCUGGUCAGAGUUCAGAUAAAAAGUGGUCUCUAUGUAACAGCAAUCAACCAAUCAGAGCUUUGUGAGCAUGAUUAUGAAAGAAUAUGUCUUUAUCUGUUUGCAAACUAUGGAUGAAAUGAACGAAGCUGAACUGUUUAUAGUCAAAUUAUUUUUACAACUUGUAUUUCUGGGAAGAAUAAUGACUGUUUCAGAAGGAAGCAAGGGGGGGAAGGGAGGAGUUUUGAACAGGACCAAGACCUUAUAAGUGCUGAGGCGGUGUCUUUGUACAGGAAGUUAAACUGUGUAGUACAUUUUAAAGCAUAUUAAUAUGUCUCUAGCACAGUCUUUUCACUCAGACUGUCAAACAACUAGAACAAAACGAAGAAACAGAAGUUAUGAAUGUAGCUUGUUUUAAUGUUAGAUCUACAACUAAUUCCAUCUCUGUGUGAAGGGAAUAGAGAUAGUCAUUUUUCUAUGUCACAAGAAUGUGUAUAAUGCUCAGUUUCACAAUGUAAAAUCCAUAUAAGUAUGUGUCAGAGUCGCCUGUGCCUUAGUGCCUCCUCAGCCCUCAGCUAAAUCAACGCAUUCAGAAACAAGAGUAGAAGUCUGACUAACUUUGUAUUCAACAAACAUAUCUUUUACACUGACUAGUUACUUUGUAUUUGAAAUUCCAAUAUGGAGAAAGAGCUAGAGCGUCUGGAUGCUAAAAUUCACUGUUUGAUAAACAGCACUUUUACAGUGGCCCCGAUCUACAGAAGGUCAAGAUGUUUGUUUCCAAUUUUGCACAAAAGAAAUAAGACAUACUAACAGCUCGAGUCCCACUGGUGUCGUGUUUGAGUUCCUUGUAAAUGUGAAUGAAGUUGACAUUGAGUGCCCUCACAGAACAGAUUAACUUUAGUGCCUGUCUUAUAUUUGUCUUUUUAAGUGUCUCUGAAGGUUGUUUUUAUCUUGUGAACAAGGCAUAAACCAACCAUUGGGAUGUAGAGGUGGUAAUUUAUAAAUAAAGCUGUGCAAUUUAAACUGGA